AAAAGCGUCACCCUGACCACCGGCAGGCACCUAAGCGACACGCGUUGUUAUCUGAAGGACUCCCAAGGCGAAGUACACGAAGCAACGCUUCAUCUGUCGGAAGAUUUCCUCGAGUCUGCUACGCGAAAAGGUUUCAAGGAGCCUACGGUUGAGUGGUCAUCCGCCGGCUUCGCACUCGAUUGUGACGAAGAGAGUAGUCUGUGUUCUGUUACUUGGGAAUCAAACAAUCGGUCCAUAUUCUAUCAAGACAAGCAAAAAACCCUUCGAGAAUGGCGCCUCGUCGAUGGCAAGGGCUGGCAGAAAACCGGAUUUGAGCAGCAGAACGUGACAAUCGGCACGAGCGUUGCUGUCGUGUCAGGUACUGGCGACAAGCAGCCCAUUAUUCUCUUCUUUCAGGACCAGGACGGCUUCGUAUGUUUUCGG